AUGGAUCGAUAUUAUAAGAGAAAGUUUUCAUCAACUACUUCUAGUUUGGAUAAUGUGGGUAGUUCAAGUUUAAGAGAUGUGGGUAUUUUGAGAGAUGUGGUGGGUAGUUCGAAAGAAAGUGAGUUGCAAGAUGUCUUGGCUAAUCUUCCUGCAAACCCUGGACUUCAGCCUCAAUUGUUGGAUUAUGAUCCUAACAUUCGAGAUGAAAUUUUUGUUGAAGCAAGGUCUUCUUUUCAUGGUAAUAAAGAGAGUGACACUCCAAACAACAAGGGGAAUAAUGUAGAACUCUUACAAUUUCUUGUUGAUCAUGAUGAGAAAGUUAAGGCUGUUGUGUUGGAAAAUGCUCUAGGGAAUCUCAAGCUAAUAGCUCCAACAAUUCAAAAAGAUCUUGUGAAUACUUGUGCAACUGAAACUAUUAAGAAGAUCAUUAAGGAUAUGAAUGGUGCCUUCUUUUCUUUAUUAGUUGAUGAAUCACGUUAUAUAUCAGUUAAAAAACAAAUGGGGGUGGUGUUUCGUUAUGUGGACAAAAAGGGGGAUGUAAUUGAAAGGUUUGUGAGCAUUCAACAUGUUAGUGAUACUAUAUCAAACUCACUGAAAGAGGCUAUUUACACAUUGUUUUCAAGAGAAGAAUUGAGCACUUCCUUGCUAAGAGGACAAGGAUAUGAUGGAGCUAGUAAGAUGAAGGGCGAGUUCAAUGGUCAUAAAACACAGAUUUUAAGAGAAAAUCCUUGUGCCUAUUAUAUUCAUUAUUUUGCACAUCAACUUCAAUUAGCUCUUGUGGCCAUGGCAAAAGGAAACGCCGAUGUUGCUACUUUCUUCACAUCUUGUGAUAGCUUGGUUAAUAUUGUUGGAGCAUCGUCCACAAUUGAUUUGUCACAAGCAUUACAAAGGAAAGACCAAGAUAUUGGGAAUGCAAUGUCUUUAGUCAAAGAUUGCACUACAAAUAUGAGAGAUAAUGGAUUUGAAGCCUUGCUUGAUCAAGUAUCUUCCUUUUGUGGCAAACAUGAUAUUGAGGUUCCAAACGUGGAUGAUGCAUAUGUAGCUAAUUGGAGAUCACAUCGCAAAGCUCCUAGAAUAACAAAAAUCCAUCAUUAUCGUAUGGACAUCUUCAUUCAAAUCAUUGAGUGGCAACUUGCGGAGUUAAAUCAUCGCUCUAGUGAGGUAAAUACUGAGUUGCUUCUUUGUUUGGCAUGUUUGAAUUCGAAUGAUUCAUUCAUAGCUUUUGACAAACAAAAGCUUCUUCGUUUUGCUAAAUUUUAUCCUCAAGAAUUUACUCCCCGAGACCUCUUGGCACUUGAAGAUCAACUUGGGAUUUAUAUUCAUCAUAUGUGUACAAGAAGUGAUUUUUCUCAAUUGAAAGGGAUCGGCAGCCUUGCAAGAAAAAUGGUGGAGAAAUGA